AUGAAAUUCGUACUACUGCUGCUGUGUGCUGUAUGUUGCCUUUGCCUUUACGUUCAAGCCCAGUCUUGCCCAGCCAAUUGUCCAGCAGCUAGCAACUUGAAGAAGACAUGUUUAUGUAAUCUAAAGUACUGUCCAUCGUUUUGUCGGUUUGUUGGAGGCGGUAAAUGGUGCGACUGUGGUCAAACCAGGCUAAAGACUACAGUAACCUGUGCCAAGAACUGUCGUGCCAAAGACUUUGGAGUUGGAUGGUCCAACAACACGGACUGUGCUUGUGUAUUGGCCAGAAAUGGCAAGGAUCUGCCGUUCAAAAAGCUUGAUUUUGUUGCACUAAACUUUAAUUAA